AGAAGUCCAAAAGGCCAUGGACCAGAAACGGUUUGAGGACGCUGUUAAGCUUCGAGGCAGGAGCUUUGAAAACAACCUGAGGACUUACAAACUGCUGGCUCAUCGCAAACCAGAAUCUGAGCUCCCGACUAGCAACUUCAACGUGGCGGUGCUGAAUGUGGGAGCCCCUGCAGCAGGCAUGAACGCUGCCGUCCGAUCAGCCGUCAGGGUGGGCAUCACUGAGGGACACAAGAUGUUCGCUGUCAGCGACGGCUUUGAGGGCUUCUACAAAGGACAGAUUAAGGAGGUGAAAUGGGGUGAUGUCGGAGGAUGGACGGGACAGGGUGGCUCCCUUUUAGGAACUAAAAGAACUCUUCCUGCGAAGCAUGUCGAUAAAAUUGCAGAGCAGAUGCGCAAAUAUAACAUAAACGCUCUGCUGGUUAUCGGUGGAUUUGAGUCUCUCUCCCUUCCAGACCCUACUAAAGCCCUUGGCUCUGCCCUGCAGGCCUUCCUGUCACUGCUGGAAUUGUCAGCGGCUCGUGGGAAAUUUGACGAGUUCUGUGUGCCGAUGGUCAUGGUCCCAGCCACUGUCUCCAACAAUGUGCCUGGCUCAGACCUCAGCAUUGGCGCUGACACGGCCCUGAACGCCAUCACUGCUACUUGUGACCGCAUCAAGCAGUCCGCCAGUGGGACCAAGAGACGUGUGUUCAUCAUUGAAACCAUGGGGGGCUACUGUGGCUACCUGGCCACAGUAGGAGGCCUGGCUGCUGGGGCUGACGCAGCAUAUAUCUACGAGGAGCAGUUUGACAUCAGAGAUCUGCAGGCUAACGUUGAGCAUCUGACAGAGAAAAUGAAGACCAGCAUUCAAAGAGGACUGGUGCUCAGGAACGAGAACAGUAAUGACAACUACACAACAGACUUCAUCUAUCAGCUGUACUCAGAAGAAGGGCGGGGAGUGUUUGACUGCAGGAAGAACGUGCUCGGACACAUGCAGCAGGGAGGAGCUCCGUCCCCGUUCGACCGUAACUUUGGGACCAAGAUCUCAGCCAAGGCGAUUCAGUGGCUUUCUCAGAAGCUGCUGGAGUCUUACAGACGAGGUAAAGCUUCUCUGAACAGAAUCAUGGUACCAUGA